UUCACAACCCUUUCGUUCUGCAAAGGCUUUAUGUUGUGGUUCACCGGUGCCAGUCACUUUAUACCACAAGUAAAGACUUCAUUUUCCAGAACUGGUUGCAUACGUUGCCUUUUGAAUAUUCGCCAAAAUAGAGCACGAAAGAAUCAGAAGGACGAUAUAUUAAGGAGACAAUGGAAAGCUGAUGGACAACGACAGGACGCUUUUCUACUAGCUGCUGUCCAACAUAAACCGGAUAACCAGGUUCCUGUAGAAGGAGAUAAACCACAAAUGAGGGCUGUCAGUUUAGGAAAAACCGUAAGGAUUCAGUCUUCCAACUGGCCACUUGCACGUAAUACGUCGGAAUGGGGUGUUUUUGUUCUUAUACUCGUGAACUUGUUAUUAUUUGUUGCAAGUCGCUUUAUUUGGCCAAACUUACUUGCCUUGCUAGUUUUGACACAUAGUGGGCCACGCUGGUGGCAGUUUGUGACUUAUUCUUUCUGUCACGAGUCCUGGGCACAUUUAUCAAAUAACCUUUUUUUUCUUUUGAUUUUUGGUAAACUCGUAGAAGAAGAAGAAGGAGCAUUUGGAAUCAUAAUGAGCUAUUGUAUUUGUGCCUUUGGAUCAGCAUUAUUGAGUUGGAUGGUAUUACCUAAACACUCCGUUUCUGUUGGAGCAAGUGGUGCUGUAUUUGGUUUGUUUACUAUUUGCGUUUUAACGCGGUUUUCAUGGAAUUGGAAAAGACUUUUAGAAUUUUUGAUCCUUGGACAAUAUGUUUAUCAGAUACUUGGAAGAGAAGUGCGCCUUGCAGCUUCCAGUAGUUCACAUAAGUGGACUGCUGUUGCUGUCAACCAUAUAGGUCAUAUUGCAGGUUCGGCGACAGGAAUUCUUUUGGUUUUAUUUUUACGCCUGGUGGUUGCUUCUUAUUCCGAUGUAUAUUCAAAUAAAACAGACUAGUAGUACCUUUAGAGCAUACAGAAUAAGUCCUUUGUUUGUAACAAUUUGUUGAUGCGUAUCUAUUGUGAAUGAAAAAGUUGCUUUUCAA